AAUGGCGCUCGCUGUGGUUGCCGUCUUCUGCUCUGGCUUCCAGCGACUGCCCCAGCGGUUGCCGUCUUCUGCCCCGGUGCGGCCGGCCAGCCGUGCGGCAGCGUACAUGGCACUUCCUGAGCUGUACGUGUACGAUCACUGUCCCUUCUGCGUGCGUGUGCGCGUCGCGGCCGGCGUGCUGGGCGUUCCGCACAAGCUCGUCUUCAUGGGGAACGACGACGUGGAGACGCCCACGGCAAUGGUUGGCAAGAAGAUUGCGCCCAUCUGGGUGGACGAGGAGGGCCCGAUGGCCGAGUCGCUCGACAUCAUCGCCAAGUUUGAUGCCGGCGGACAGAUCGCCCCUGCGUCGGGACGCACCGACCUCAAGGCGUGGCAAAAGUCGGUCCAGACUCUGAUGCGCAAGCUGCAGCGGCCGCGCUACGUGAUGGUGCCGCUGCCCGAGUUUAUGCAAAAGGCGGGGCGCGAUGCUUUCGUCGCCAACCACCAGAUGCCGCCGUUUGAAAAGAGCGAGUGGAAGGGCAACCCGGACAUGCCCCUCGAGCAAAAGUACCAAAAGUACUCGGAGGCCUUCGCGCAGACCCCCGAGCUCCUGGCGGAGGCGAACGCGAAGGUGGCAGAGCUCGAGGGGAUGAUCCACGCGCCGGAGGCGUGCACGGAGGGCCUUGGCUUCUCGUACGACGAUGUUGACCUGUGGGCACGGCUGCGCUCGCUGACGGUGGUGAAGGGCCUGCAGAUCGGGCCAAAGACGCGCGCGUACCUCGACCACUUUGCAGAGGCGGGGGACGUCCCUCUCUACGACGUGAUGGCUGUAUGAGACACCACGCCCCCGCGAGCACGGCGGGGGCGCGAGCACGGCGCUCUGUCAGCGGCCUAGGAGCAUAGUAGAAGAGGGAGGCCUGAUGUGGCCGACGCAGUGGCCGGCCGGCAGCGUUAUGCGACGGCCUAGCCGGUGUGAAUUUCUUUCUUGUUGUUGUUCCGGCAAGAUCCAACCCCCCCAAAACGUAUAAAGGGGUU